UGCACUUUUUCAUAUUUGUUAAAAGUGGAUAUCCUCGUAUUUAGAUAAAUGCGGGAAGAGUGAAAGAGGAUUGAUCACCCUUUCAUUUUUUGGUGUUAUCCUUACGGAUUAUAUACGUGGGAAGGGAAUAGAUGAGUUUGAGUUGAAAAUUUUUCUCUCUCUCUUAGUCCAUUUCAUGAUGAUAUCCUCAGGUUCUUGUUGGCAGUUGAAUGAAUAAUACUGAAUUUAAAAUUUUUCUUUUUGCCAAAAAUACAAAAAAGUUAAUAUAAAGCUGCAGACUUUAAUUUGUAUUUUGUUUGGCCAUUUUCUGAAAUUGUAAGGCUUUUCUUUAAGCAAAGGAGAGAUCUUUGUUGGCUGUUUUAAAUGGGUGAAACGAUUAGUCGACCGUUGAUGGGGGAAACCCCGAGGGAUUUCAUGAAUCGCAAUAAUAAAGCGUUUUUUACAGAACCCUAUCUCUCUAAUCUCGCGGGAUGGUCAGAAGGGAAAAUACAAUUAGAUCCGUUUCCCCGCGAUGGUUCUUUUAAAGAUGAAGAUAUGCGUGCUGCAAAAGAUAUGAUCUUUGGUUCUUGGGGUGACCCAGGAUGGCCAAUUGAUUAUAUGAAAGAUGCGUAUAAAGUUUGGAUGAAGAUGAAAACUUAUUGGGAUAAGGGUCCAGAGUUGAAAAAACAAGACAGCUCUCUCUCUCAGUCUCAGUUGAAACCUGAUACGUCUCUUCCCCCAUAUGAAUGUGUUGUUUCUGCUGAAAUUCCAAAGCCCUUGACCAAUCGAUUGUAUCCGCAGUUGCCGUCCACAACUGAAGUUUUUCCGUUUGUACAGCUUCCAGAUGGUUACAAAAUUACUCCUCUGAGUGUUACGGAGGCAGUGGCUAUUUGCAAAGAUCUGCCUGAUCCGGCUAAGUCACCACAUCAAUUUGUGGCAGUGCUGCAACGGUUAACUGCCUACAGUCAAUUGACGGGGCGAGAUUAUCGUUUUAUUUUGACUAAAACACUGCCUGCGGAAAUCACAGAGGAGGAAAUGAUUGAAGAAGUUUAUUAUUUAAACCCCAUCUACGAUACACCGCCUGUUCGUCGUGUUGUAUCUCAGAAAGCUGGAGAUUCGAAGCCCCUUGAUUUGUCUAAACCUUCACGAGUGCUUCUAAUUACUGAUUCGGAGGAAGAUGAGGACGAAGCAGGUGAUUGGAUUUGGGCCAGCUCAGAAAAACCCACUCAUCCUUUCGUUCCAGGACAACAGGUGCUGAUAAAGUGUCUGAAGCCCACAAAACUGGGUGAGCCGAAAUAUCUGGGGCCCGCCACGGUGAUUGCUGUGACGAGAACAGGAGUGCUGACUGACUUCCAGCCGCAGUGGAUCCAUGCCAGUCGACUGAAAGCAGCUCCAUCCCAGGGGAACGUUCUGGUCAAUGAGGAGAAGGAAGCCAGUGAGCCAAGGAAAGAUCCGAAGGAAGGUGAACCAAGACGUUCAACGAGGAGAAGAAGAAAGAGAUUGCUAGAGAUCUAAAACCAGCAAUAAUUAUCAUUGAAGCUCUCUAGCCAUGAUUGCUAAAUUGACAUUUUACCUGGUUGUGCUGACAAAUGUGUUUAUUCACAUACAAGCUGCUGUUAGCACUGGUAAUGAAACUUGGGUACAUUAUGAAGAAGAACCACAUGCCUUCGCAGCUAACAUGUGGUGGAGAUUAGCCAACUACACUGCCAAAUCUGAAGGAAAAACAGGUGACUGUUAUGUUUGCACCAAAAUGCCACAUAGUGCUUCUGGACCACAUGUAGAGGUUAAAUCACCAAGGACAGAAGAAGAAUUAGAAUGCCCUAUUUUUGUUAGCAUUACUGGAAUGAUGGCUCCAAAUAGAAGUGCAAUAUGGAGUUGUGGAAAAAGUAGAAUAAUGAUGCUUGCAACGCAAGUACAUGCUAAAGUGACAACCAUUGGCUCUAUUCCAGACUCACUGUUAUGUAUGGAAAGAGAAACUGGAACAGUGAGACUGGGGGUAAUUCCUAAAAGAGUGAGAUAGAAAAUAUGUCUUGUUGUAUGAGGUGUAUUUUGCAUUAUCCAAAAGCUAAUAUGACUGAGUGUUCUAAAGGAACACCACAUCCUAUAUCUACUAUGAUUGCUUAUGGAUGGGCUAAUCCUUUUAUUCAAGAUGUGUGUUCUAAAUAUUGUGCACUUGUGCCAGGUCAAAAUUGCUACAGAUAUGCUCCUGCUUCACGGGGAACUAGAGCUGUAAAAGAUUGGUUUUGGCUGUGUGGACAUAAAGUCUACACUACUCUUCCAGAAGAUUGGAGUGGAAGAUGUGCUCUAGUAACUUUGGAAGAAUAUUCCAUGGUUAUUAGACCACACAAACCUCACGUUAUGACAAAACAAAAACAGAAAAAGAAACGCUCCCUCUCUAGUCGCGGUUCAACUAGUAGUUUGAGUAGAGAUAAUCCAGUACCAAAGCAACAUCGACUCUGGACUGAUACUGAAAGAUUCUUUGAAGCAGUGUUUCCA